UUUUUUACUCAUCUCAUUGCAUUGGUUACAAUUACAUCAACAUCAUCCUCUCUGCACCUCUUUUCUUAUAUCCACUGCCUCCAAUGUAACAAACUGCAUGCCAAACAGUCUCUCUUCUCCACACUUCUACUCAAUUUCAUCGAGAUUGAGCGUAGGAGAGAAGGAUGCAGCUCAGUUCUGAGGCCUCCCAACGUUUUGCUAGAAUCUCUGCCCAUCUGCACUCCCCCAAUCUUCAGAAGAUGGAGGAGAGUUCCUUGUUAAGGCGUGAAAAUUGCCGGGCAAAAGGAGGGGCUCCUGGAUUUAAAGUGGCCAUCUUGGGUGCUGCAGGAGGAAUAGGCCAGCCACUUGCAAUGCUGGUUAAGAUGAAUCCCCUGGUAUCUGUUCUUCAUCUCUACGAUGUUGUCAACUCACCAGGCGUCGCUGCAGAUGUUAGCCAUAUGGACACUGGUGCAGUGGUACGUGGCUUUUUAGGUCAGCCACAGUUAGAAAGUGCACUAACAGGAAUGGACCUUGUGAUUAUUCCUGCUGGCGUCCCGAGGAAACCUGGAAUGACCAGAGAUGAUUUGUUUAAAAUCAAUGCUGGAAUUGUGAGGACACUGUGUGAAGGGAUUGCUAAAUGCUGCCCUCAUGCAAUUGUGAACUUGAUUAGCAAUCCGGUGAACUCUACGGUUCCUAUAGCGGCAGAGGUUUUCAAGAAAGCUGGCACCUAUGAUCCCAAGCGUCUUUUGGGGGUGACCAAUCUCGAUGUAUUAAGAGCUAAUACUUUUGUGGCAGAAGUGCUAGGAAUUGACCCCAGGGAUGUUGAUGUUCCUGUGGUUGGUGGUCAUUCAGGGGUUACCAUAUUACCUCUCUUGUCGCAGGUUAAGCCUGCAUGCACCUUCACUGCAGAUGAGAUAAAUUAUCUAACUGAUCGCAUUCAGAAUGGGGGAACAGAAGUUGUUGAGGCAAAAGCUGGUGCUGGUUCUGCGACAUUGUCAAUGGCAUAUGGUGCUGCCAAAUUUGCAGAUGCAUGCUUGCGGGGAUUGAGAGGUGAUGCUGGCAUAGUGGAAUGCUCCUUUGUGGCUUCUCAGGUGACAGAACUACCAUUCUUUGCAUCAAAAGUACGAUUAGGUCGGGGUGGGGCUGAGGAAGUCUUCCCUCUUGGGCCACUGAGCGAGUAUGAAAGGUUCGGGUUGGAGAAGGCAAAAAAAGAGUUAGUGGAGAGCAUUCAUAAAGGAAUUUCUUUCAUUAGGAAGUGAUGAAAGGCAGGAAUAGGAGGUGACAAUUCUGCUUAUGUACUCGCCUGUAUAUAUCAUGGCAGUGCUACUGGAAAGAUGAAUGCAGCAUUUUGUUUCAAAUAACCUUUAGUGCUGAAACUUUUGAUUUCAGCUGAAGAAAAAUAAAAAGACUGCAAGGUUAUAGCCCUUUAAAUGAUC